AAACAACCAAAUCCAGCCGUCUAUACUCAUACAUAGAAGGGACGACUAAUUGAGCAACGCCUGAUAAGUAGGCAACACUUUUUUCCAGGAGCGAUUCUUGUUUUAGUUUUAGUGACCCAAGACCACCUAACUUGCCAUGGUGAACGAUGAGAGCGGAGAGGCAGCCAAUGUUACCACCAAGCCAGGCGGAUACGAGUUCUUCCGCUCCGCCUUGGGAUCCCCGCGGUACGUAGUGGCACCCAUGGUGGACCAGAGCGAGCUGGCCUGGCGGAUGCUGUGCCGGCGGUACGGCGCCGAGCUCUGCUACUCGCCGAUGUACCACGCCAACCUCUUCGCCACCGACCCCAAGUACCGCAAGGACGCGCUGCAGACGUGUCCCGAGGACAGGCCGCUGAUCAUCCAGUUCUGCGGCAACGACGCCCAGCAGAUCCUGGAGGCGGCUCUCCUGGCCCAGGACCACUGCGACGCGGUGGACAUCAACUUGGGCUGUCCGCAGGCCAUCGCCAAGCGCGGUCACUACGGCUCCUUUCUGCAGGACGAGUGGCAGCUGCUGACGGAGAUCGUGAGCACCUUGCACGCAAAGCUCUCCGUACCUGUGACCUGCAAGAUCCGCAUCUUCGAGGACCGCGAGAAGACCAUCAGGUACGCGAAGAUGCUGGAGGCAGCCGGCUGCCAGCUGCUCACGGUCCACGGAAGGACGAGAGAGCAGAAGGGUCCGCUCACCGGGGUGGCCGACUGGAGCUACAUAAAAGAGGUGCGGCAGCAGGUCAAGAUCCCCAUGUUCGCCAACGGCAACAUCCUCGGACUGGAAGACGUGCACCGCUGCCUGGCGGAAACGGGCGUCGACGGCGUGAUGAGCGCCGAGGGAAACCUCCACAACCCGGCCAUCUUCCAGGGAGUCUCACCGCCCGUCUGGCAAAUGGCCAGCGAGUACCUGGAGCUCGUGCAGCUCCAUCCCUGUCCCAGCUCCUACGUGCGAGGACACCUCUUCAAGCUCUUCCACCACAUAAUGAACUUGCGGCCGAACUCGGAGCUGCGGGAACGCCUCGCCACUGCCAACCAGCUGGCGCAAUUCCAAGCAGUGGUGCAAAAGGUGCAGGCGAAGUACGAGCCGUUCCACAAGGGAGAAGUGCCUUACGUUCCCGAGGAAAUGGCUGAUGGAUCAGGGGAAGAUGUUCUGCCGCUGGCUCCCUGGCUGUGCCAGCCGUACAUCCGCGCCUCACCCGAAUCCCACCGCCAGAAGAUCGCCGAGAAGGAGCGCGAGGCCGAGGAUCCCAAUCGAGCCAAGCGGCAGUACUUCGACAAGGACGGCAACGAGAUCUCCCGCAAGCGGAUGAAGAAGCUGCGCCGGCGGCAGCGAAGACCCAACAAGACGGAGGCGCAGAUCCAGCUUCGCCACGAGCGCCGUUUGGAGUACUGCACGGAGUGCGCCAAUCCGCAGGGCUCCAAGUGCGAGUUCCGGCUGUGCCGGGUGUGCUGCAAGGAGCGCUGCUACAGCACGGAUUGCGACUGUCCCGGCCACGGGAUCCUGAUCAAAUCCCGCCGGGCCAAGGCCAAGCAGUUCGAGGAGCACGUGGCGGAGGAGGACAACCAAAAGGGAUCCGGAAAUCCGGUCAGCAAUCUGACGACUGCAGUUGAUUCGCAGGAUCCGCUUUGACGCUGACUUUUACUCAGUGCUAUAGGGAAAAUUGCGACCUUCUUUUUAAAAUAUAUGUACUUCUCACAAGCUAACUAAUUAAGUUAAUUUACUUAAUAUUACGAACUUCAUACAUCGAAGGGUGAGUCAAGUUGUUGAAUUGUGCCGAGUGUGAUUCUUUGUUCCAAAUAAAUGACAGCGUAAGAUAAA